GGAGAGCAUCCGCGCCGGUCCGGCAGCUGGCGUUGGCCGACCUCGCCUGCCCCGCGAGUCGGGGUACACCGCAGUCCGUCACCUGGCGGCUCGCUGGCACGCGGCAUCUCUCCUUCGUUGCCCAGAGGAGGGAAGGGCACCGCGGCGGCAUCCGCCUGGCACGGUCCUCCGAGCGGAGGCGACAAACACGCGUUUUUCCGCGCACUGGGACACCUGCUCGCUCGCUUGCGCGACAGGUCGCACUCGCCCCUCUCGCCGCUCGCGCAGCCGGGCUGCUGCCACUACCGGAGCUAGCUGGCUGCUCGCCUUCGUCCCGAAGCCUUCCAGGCCUUCGGUGGCCGACCUGUCCGACGGCGGCCGAGGAACCUCCUCUCGCCAUCUUCUAUCUCUCUCUCUCAACCUCCUCUCUCCGUGGCGAGCGUGACAGGCCGUGUGUGUUGUUUCCCGGAUGUUGUCUGCUGCCUCCUGCUUCUUGCGCUGCAGCGGCCGGCGGUCGUCUGCUCCGCUGCAUAUCGUCUGCUCCUCCCGUGUGUGUCGGUCGUCUGCAGCUUCAGCUGAGAUCGUCCGCUGCCGUGUUCGGCCACAGUGCUCGGCAAUGCGGUUCUUAGUAUGCGUAAGUUACGCAUCUGAUAGUUUAUUAUUCUGCAGAAUCUCGCACGAGCGUACUUAUUGAAGUGGCUUUCUAAUGGACCCGCCCGUUAUUUUUCCAAUUCCACGGGAGAACGGCACAACGUCUUGGUGUUGCCUCUGAGAUACGGCCUUCGCUCGCUACCGCUGGUUGUGCAGUUUUCCGUCGUGGCGACGUGCAUCGGAUCCUGACGUUCGUCGUAGCCCUUUCGCCAGCCGCGGUGUCAAUCUGGCCUGACCCUCGCGAGUUUUCGGAAUCCGUCGCCGGUGUGACGUGUUAGCGGGCAGCUUCCCGAAGCCGAGGAUAAAGAAUCGCGUCGAUCAGAACUCGUCAUGCGUCGACCGCCGUCUACUGGAAGUGCCAGAACUGCUUUGGCGUGUUGGAUUCGCCCACGGACGCACCUAUCCGCGACUGCUUCCUCGAGUUUGUGACCUGGCCGUUGGAAUUGGUGUCUGGUGUGUUCUUCGCGGAAAAAAAGGGGAAGGCGUCUGUGUGCGCAUUUCUGGUCUCGCGAGGAUUUCCACGCUGUCAACCGUCACGCUGGCUGCGUCGACGAAAACCCUCUUUAUGGCCGCCCGCAUACCUGAGCUGCUGGCGACGGCGUGCGAGUCCGUGUCGGCGGCCGACGCGGUGUCGGCGCUGCGCUGCGGCGCCUUCUCGUCCUCGGGUUCGGUCGAGUCCUUCACGGGGGCGCCGGGCCGGCCGGACUCCGUGCGUCGGCGCCGCACCCUGGAGUCCGAGGACUCGAGCUACGACUCGGACACCGAAAACCCCACGGACACCACCUGCACCACGACGACGACGUCGUCGUCGACGCGGCAGCACGAGGACGUGUCCCGGACCGUGUCCGAGACGCUGGGCGCCGAGUUCGCCGAGUACGUGACGGCGGGACCCCAGUACUCCAGCCGGCUCGAGUUCGCCGUCAAGCUGGGCUACACCGAGGCACAGGUCCAGCAGGCCCUGCGGCGGCUGGGCCCUCAACCGGGCCAGAACGAGCUGCUGGCCGAGCUGGUGCGGCUGGGCGCGCGGGAACAGUCCGGCGACGCAGCGCCCCGAUCCGACCCGCUCUCGUCCUCCGCGUCGCAGGCGGCCGAGGACCCGCUCAGGCCCAUCGUCAUCGACGGCAGCAACGUGGCCAUGAGUCAUGGGAACAAGGAAGUCUUCUCGUGCCGAGGCAUCCAGUUGGCGGUGGACUGGUUCAGGGCCAGGGGCCACACCAGCAUCUCCGUUUUCGUCCCCAGCUGGCGGAAGGAAGCCUCGCGUGCGGAGACUCCCAUCAAGGACCAAGAGAUCCUGCUGCAACUCGAGAAGGAACGGCUACUGUUCUUCACGCCCUCACGCAACGUGGGUGGCAAACGCAUGGUGUGCUACGAAGAUCGCUACAUCCUGAAGAUGGCCGCACAGACGGGUGGCGUGGUCGUGUCCAACGACAACUACCGGGACCUGGUAGCCGAGAACUUAGACUUCAAACGUGUUGUUGAGGAGCGCCUGCUUAUGUACACAUUCGUCAAUGACAGGUUCAUGCCCCCCGAUGACCCCUUGGGGCGGCACGGGCCCUCGCUGGAUGCUUUCCUGCGCAAGAGUGGUACGUUGCCCCCCGAAGGACCCCCGAGCUGCCCGUACGGCAAAAAGUGCACGUACGGCAACAAGUGCAAGUACUACCAUCCCGAGCGUGGAAACCUGCCUCAGAAGUCGGUCACCGAGCGGCUUGCCGAGCAGGCCCGCCUCCAGCUGCAGGAGGUCAAGGCGCGCGGUGCCAUCAAAAGCCGCGACUCGUCCCCUGGUGGUGAACUGCUCAAGACGAAAAGCCUGCCGCCCGGUGCGACUGAAGCGAUGCUCCCCAAGAAGAAAGUGCCACUCUCGAGGACCAAGUCGUCGGUGCCACCUCCGUCGGCAUCUCUGCUGGGUGCCGACCUGUUGGAGGCUGACGGUGGAGGCCACUUGUCGGUGGCAAAGCGGCUCUCGGAUCCCGACUCGGGACUGGGAGCAUUCUCGCUGCCCAAAGGGAGUCCCGUACUGUCGCCUGGCGGUGCAGGCAGUGACGACACUCUGGGCAGCGGCAACCUCCACCGCAAGCUCCAGCGGCAGCUCACGCUCAACCCAGCAUGCGACCCGCGGCUGUACCAGAUGCGGGCCGCGGUGUCUUCGGGCCUUGUUCCGCCACCUGCGGUGAGCCUGGCGGAAGCCGUGCAUGGCCGUGCGGGAAGCCAGGAGAACCUUCAACACCGGGCACUGGGACGGCUGGCAAGCGACUCCGGCCUGGUUGCCACGGCUGGCGGAGGUUGGGGCACUCUGCCCGGGGCACAUCACACCGAGGUGACGCGCAUCGCCAGUGCACCGGACUCAACACGGCAGCAACGGUCACAACAGGCGGCAGCAAUUCAACGCCUCAGUAGCACAUCUGACACCAGGUUGGACGCAUUCCCGCUGGCGGGCGCGGCCACACCGGUGCCAGCCGGCCAACUAUUCCCUUCUUUCCCGGGCCUGAGCCCCCACGCCGCUGCCGGGGGGUGGGGGGGCCUGCCCAUGGGCAGGCCGCCACCACCGCUGCCACUCGAAGUGGGCGCACCACCACUAGACACGGCUAGCCCCCGCUAUCGCCUCUACUACCACCUGUCGUCCAUCUUCCCCGAGGAACAGGUGCGUGCCGCCAUGGACCUCUACCCCGAGGAGACCAACCCGCAGAAGGUGUGCGCGGCCAUCCUCGCCAUGUUCCCCAAGGGCUAACCAAGACGGCCCCCCCCCCCCCCCCCGCCACUUUUUUGGCGGGUUUAUGUCCCUCUUCGUUUCUCCCCUGGCACAGUGCCAUCUGUUAUUGCAGAGUUGAGUGGUGGGCUGGAGGCCCCUGGUUGCGAACGGGUCAUGCGUUGCCGCCGCCUUGUUUCUCUGUCACUGCAUUCCCUCGGUCCUGGGAGCACUUCCAAACGGGAAGGCUACAACACUUCUCCCGAAACCUCACAGUGGGAAUGGUUGUCCCGAUUGUUGUUGUGUGCGGUGUUCCGAUACCUCCUUAAGGACACCACAAGUGUAAGCAAAUGUGUGUGCACUGCUGUCUUUUACCUGCAUCCCCGGCAUUCUGGGUGCAACCUUAGGCUCUCGAAGCCUGCAUCAUCUUUCCACAAGAGCACGGCACCCGUUGCUCGGCUGGAGGUUCUGACAGCUUGGAGACUGAUACAGAAAAUGUGCGCGCAUCAUCGCCUCCUGCAGUGUUCCUCUCAGCGCCGACUGAGCAAAUACGAGGCCUGUGAGCGAAGCCUUUCCAAGGAGCGUUGUCAGUGUUUACAAAGUGGAACCUGUUUUCUGGUUCUGAGAUGUGGUCAAGCUGGUGUGUGAACACGGGCCAAGUUUUAUUUCGUCCAUAUUUGACCUUCCCCUGAUGGCCAGCGGAAAGGGUGACUCAGAGGCAGAACCCGGGAACUCGGACAUUGUUUCCCACUAGACCCUUAUCGUCCUUUCCCAGACCCUGUGAUUGCAGUCGAAACUUCGAUUGUACGGUGUUGAUGCUCUCAGGUCUGUUUGCAUUUCCCAGAAAGGAGGCAAAGGAAGCGAGGGUGAAAGAAGGAUUUAAACGGAAUCCCCACCCCCCAGUCGCAGUGCGGUCGUGUUGAAAAGUCUCUGCUUUCAUCAUGUUGCCAAGUUGCAUGCACGGCGUGCAGUGUUGUGCGGGUCACCGAAUAAGCAUUCAGGGCGACUUUCUCAUUUCUUGUGCUUGUGCUGACACAGGCAGUUUGGCUGUUGCCACUCGUGUGAGGUCCCAGCCACUUUCAUUCAGUCGUGACUAAAUAAGGUCACUUUCACAGGAAGAGCCAUCUGAACUGUGUAGAGAUCUGUUAAAAUGGCAAGAUGGAAGCUUCUGGUGAACAGUAAUGUCUGUGCUGUCUGCUGAUAUAGCAUUAAUUGUGCGUAGAAGUCAAUAUUUCUGAGAUGACCUAGCCCAACAACAAGCGCUGGAACUUAGCAGCACACAUUCAUGUUCUCACCAACAGUGCUGGUACUUUUAGCAGACUGCACUGAGGGUACUGUAAGCCACAUGCUCGAGUGUUGCUCUCAACAGAUCUAACCUGCGUAAUUUGAGAACGAAGCACAUGCCUGCACUGUGUGUAGGGUGUACUGACUUGUUUCUGCAUCGUCAUGUUUGCAUGGCUCUGAUGUCUCGCACUGCAGCUUGGCGUGUGUUUGCCCAAAGAGGAAACACAGCUGCGACCGGUAGAUGCUCUUUUUGCAAAUCAGGUUUGCAUCUGCAAGCUGCGCUCUGCAUUCUCACACUGUCAUUUUUCUACAUUUCGGUUAGUGGCUGUACAGGAGGUCAGGAUGGCCCACUGAAUCGGACAAAGCUCCCAAACUGAUGCCACGUGUUGUGGUGUAAACUGAAGUUUCAUGUGGCGUCUGCACAUGUGGCGCGUUCUCGGUCUUAGUGAACUAGAAAACAAACUGGUUGGUGUGUUAACGCUUUUUCUUGUUACUUACACGCACAAGUUUUUGAAGCCUAUUAGUACUUGAUUCAGCCCUUUAUGGGUGAAAUGUCUGUGUAGGUGUGGCAUCUUCAAGGGCGCACGCUGUGCUGCAUUUUCUUGUCACUAGCUGCGCAUUAGGUGUUGGGAUGCUGUACUAACAGUUGUCUCCUGGAUUGUCUGGAGCAGAGCCGACCAUUCAUUGGCAUCUUGUGUAAUGAAAGUAGCCUCAAAAUAUUUCGUGGGCCAUGCAGCUUCUUGUGAAGCUUUGCCUUUCUUUCUUUUUGCUAGGAGGAAACGUUUCUCAGUGGUAUGUUUCCUGCACACAAGUUCUCGUGCCAUUUCUCGCUUUCUGAUGCAUUGCCUCGACGGCAGAGUUGCAAGUGGGAAAGGGGGUGGAAGCAGUUAGGGUUUUUUUUUUUUUUCAUGUUGACGCAUUUCACGCUGGCUUUUUUCUUGCGUCGCUCAGCCAUCACUACGGAGGACCCAUACGUACUGACAGGGGUCUCAUUUUUACUGCCGCAGCACUGCGUGAGAGGCGCGUUUUUUCAAAGUUCACACACACACAAACAUUGCCGUGAUGUUUUCCUUUCUCUUUUAUAUGGCAGGCCUUUUGUGGUCAUGGCUGCAUUUGUACACUGUCUGUCUUGUCUGAAAUGUACAGUGCGUUUCACUGUCCCGCACUCUGGCACUGGGGUCUCUCAUUCACAGUGUGCUGGCAGGUUUUGCAAUUUUUUAUGGCAAGUGUUCCCAUUUCUCCUGACGCCUCCCAGCCUAACAAUCUCGCGGAGAAUGUUGUGUUGACAUGCAAGUUUGGCUGUGCGCUGGAAUGUGAAUCCAACUCCUCCAAAUGAACGCUUGCACGGCCAGUGUGGCCUAAUACUGUGUGUGCAGGUUUUGUGCCGGGCUUCUGUCACUGGGUGCAGUCAACAAACCUGGUUAGCUCAAGUGAUCGUUCACUCACGAGGGGGUCACGCCUGAAGCACAUUCGCUGCACCCUUUGCUAGCUCCUACGCUAAGAGUGUUACAAAAUGCAGGGGCCCUUGUCUUCAGGCACGGACAGUGCAGUGGUAAGCCUUGUUUUUGCAACAUCAUGGUUGAGAGACGACAGAUCACAGGUUCAAAACCUGCUGCUGCAGGCUGCCCACUGGUAAAAGUGGGUGCGAGCAUUCCUUGAUGCAGCACUGAGCUUUUCUUCUGGGGUGAGCUGCUUGGUGAAUGAGCCUAUGCUGCUUUGAACUCCAGUCAAAACCCUUCGAGGGCGUAACCUCAGAAAUUAUAGGUGUAUUUAGGAUUUAGGAUUAGAAGGACUGGGGUGUGCAUUGAAGAGCAAGUGCAGGUUUCUAGUGUUUUAGUUUAGCUUGAAAAGAUGUGGGGUUGGGUGGGUCACGUAAUGCAUAGAGUAGAUAAAAGUUGAGCUAUCGGGGUAAAAGAACACCAUGGAUUGUCGAGGGAUGAGAAACGCAGUUGUGGAUAGCAGGGGAUUAUGUGCUCUGAUGAAAUUAGGAAAUUUGCAGCUUGAAGUGGACUAGUUGGUUUGCCAUGGGUUGCAAACGGCAACAGGAAGCACGAAGGACGACUAGCAAGACAUCAUGAUGAUCGUCAGUAGCAGGUGAUUGCAGUUGAAGGUGAUCGUCAGUUGCAGGCGCAAGACAGGUGUAACUGGAGGCCACUGGGAGCGGAGGACCUAAGUAGACUGAUGACGAUACUGAUAACGAUCGUAAUCUAGUGCUUGGGGCCACUUGCAUGGCUGAAAUUUUCUAUUCCGCACCCUAAGCAUGCCUAUUGGAUGAAAACGAUCUUGAGUAGCAUCAAGUAGUGUGAGAGAGCACAUUUUGCCACAUCGAUGCCGACAUUUCUGCACGUCACUGCCAGGUUUGACAGCAGUAAACUUGCCUUGAAACACCAGAGUGCAACACAUCACCGCCUGUUAUUGCCUAAGAUAUGGGCCUUACUUGCAGUAUUUGAUGUGAUACCUGCAUCCGCUGAUUUGAUCGAAGGCUCAUAAUCAGAAAAGUAGCGAACCAUUUGUGGUUCUAAUGUGAAAGACAUUGAUUUUGUGGCAGCCCCUUUUUUUGGAUGCACCAACGAACUGAGCGUUGUGUAUGGCUGCAGGGCUUCGGCCCUUGGAGCACCCAAGUGAUUCUAUUACUUAUCAGUCCACUCCAUCCUAACUAUCCUUGUCCCAGGAUUAACUACGAAAAUAUAAUAAUAAUCAAAGAUCAUGUACAGCGCAGCAGUCCUUCUCUAUCUAGAGCACCGCUCUACAUUUUUUGCACUCUGUCGUGGGCUUAACAAAGCAGUGUGUGAAUGUGUGCGAGUUUGUACAUUUAUAUGUUUACACUGUGUCACAAAAGAAGAAGAAAAAAAAAACAACUGUGUGUGAAAUAGGAAACCAAUGUUUGUUAUUAUGUGUAGAAG